AUGACGGCCGCGGCGAGGGCGCUCGUUCCCGCGGCGACCGCGCGGUCAAGGCGGCCAAGAGGUCGCCACCCGCACGGGAUCAGGGUCGUGGUCGCCACGCACGCGGUCGACGCGGUCACGGUCGCGUCCGAGGCCAAGCCGGUCGUGACGAUAAGGCGCGCGGUGCCCAAGGAUGUGCCGGUGGUCACCCGCAUCCUCGCCGAGGCUGCGGACGGCGCGGUGAGCACGCAGAGCCUGGCCACGUACGCGCGUGAGGCGGCUGUGGUGGACGAGCUCCCCGGGGAGACGCCCGAACAGCUCGCGCUCGUCGCCGAGCGCGCGUUCCCAACCCCUUCCGAUCCCCCAAAAGUCGUGGGCGUCGUCGGGCUCCUGCUGGACAACGCGCUCAAGCCGAUGGAGAUGAAGCUGGAGAAGGAGGUGGGAUACGUCACGAACCUCGCGGUGGACGGUGCCGCGAGACGAUCCGGGAUCGGCGCCACGCUCCUGGCCGCGGUAGAGUCCACCGCGGGAGACUACGGAUGCGCCGCGGUGGCGUGCCGAGUGGACGUAGGUAACGACCCGGCGCUCGCCAUGUACGAUAAGAACGGGUACGAGCCCCUUCAGCCCCGAGCGCUUCGCAAGUUCAGGCGCCUCAUGGGCGGGCUGUACGCCGUCGCCGGGGUGGCGCACCUGCUGGACCUGCUCGUGCUCGACUCCGUCCUGCCCACCGCCGCGGGAGCGCCGCCGUGGGCGCUCAUGGACCCGACGCAACGCCUUUGCGCGAUCGCGUGGUGCCUCGCGGGGCCCGUCGCGUGGCUCUGCGUGGCGAAGGGGUCGGCGACGGUGGGCGACUUGGCGCUCGUGGCGUACGGCGCGUUGGAGGUGACGCUGUGCGUCGCGUGCGCGGUCGCGUAUGGCGCGGUGGGGGGCGACGCGGCGACGGGCGCGGUCGGGGUGCAGGUGGCGGUGGCGGGGUGCGCUCUGGCGUUAAAGCCGGGGCGAUCGCCCGGGAGGCUCAGCCUGGGGAAGGAGCUGCGAGGCGCGGGGCGGGGGGGAGUGGGAAGGGCGGGUGAGGGCGAGGGGGACGACGGGGUGCGGGAGGUCUGA